AUGCCGGAUGAGUGGAAAAAAAAUAGUGUACUAACUCUAAUAUACAAGAAUAAAGGUGAAAUACAAGAUUGUGGGAACUCUAGGAGAAUAAAGCUUGUCACACAUAAUGAAGAUAUGGGAAAGAAUCAGAUAGAAGAUUUAGGAACGUAUAUUGCGCUGCGUGUUAUUGAUCUUGAGAAAGCCUAUGACCGAGUGCCUAGAGAGGAAGAGUGGAACUGCCUGAGACUGAGAGGAGCUACAGAAAAGUUUGCCAUUGUCAUGGAAUGCGUAAUAGAAGAUGCGAGAAGAGAAGCGACAUGGGACAUAGUAUAG